UCCCCCUCAUCUCUCUCUUUCCCUCCUCCCUCUCUCUAGACAGCACUACCGCCUCUCUCCACCCACCCUCAUCUCUCUCUUUCCUCUCCUCCACCUCUCUCCGCCUCCAUGGAUGAGAUCUCAUCCCCAUCACAGCAGCUGCAGCAGCUUCCCAUAAGCAGUAUCAAGGAGAAGCAGCCCCCCCCCCCCUCGGGCCGGCAAGGAACCGGCCGCGCCGCUGUCCUCCCCCCCGCCGCGCCGCUGUCCUCCCCCCGCACCCCGCCGCGCCGCUGUCCUCCCCUGCCGCCACCAUUUUUAUGUCGCCGCCACCGCGAGGUCAAUACUCAUCCCUAUUUUUUUCCAGAUCUGAUAGUCUCUACCGGUACCAAUACCACUGGUAGCACUAUUGGUACCAAUACCACUGGUAGCGUUAUUGGUACGCUACCACUACUCACUGGUACCAAUACUAGUGGCUCCCCUAUCACCUGGUACCACUAUCAUCUUUUUUUUGUGUUAUUUGCUACUGGUACCGCUACCAAUGCUAGUGGUAGCUACCAGUGCUAGUAGCGUUGUGUUAUUCUCUACUGGUAGCGUACCACUAGUACUGGUACAUUUUUUACUGGUACCGCUAGUACUGGUACAUUUUUUAACGUACUGGUAGCGUACCACUAGCACUGGUAUAUUAAUUACCAGUAGACUAAUAGAUUGGUACACUUUUUAACGCAUUGGUACAUUUUUUCAGGUUGCCAGAGGGAGUCUGCGGGAGAGAAUUCGCCGGAGAAAAAUUUUGUCGGUCGAUGCGGAGUGGCUGCUGGAGAAAGGAAGAGAGAGAGAUAGAUAGAGAUAUUAAUGUAUAGGAUUUAAAUUUCAGAAAAAAAAUUGUAUUUAAUAUGGGUUUUUAAUUCCCAAUAUAAUUAAUACAAAAAAGGUAAUUAAUAUAUUCCUUUUCUUCAUACCCAAAAUACCCUUGGUUGUGAACCUGACAACCCCCAAGGGGGUUGUCACCGUAUCCCGUCCCUCUUUUCUCUACUUCUUCUUGUGGGUUGUUUAUUGUGAGACGAAAGCCAAUCCAUAAACUUGAAUUUGCACAUCGUGAUUGUGACUUGGCGUCCUUGAGGAAAUGUCAUUUCACAAUUUGUUUUGUUGGCCUUAAUCUUUUCUCUAUGUCUUUUUGCAUGCUGUUUUUAUUUUUGAAGUUUUCACAAGCGAUCAACAUACAUUGUGCUUUAAUCAACUGUUAAUAUUGGGGGUCGUGGAGAUUUGAACCACUUAGCCAAACUAGCUCUGAUAGAAUGUCAUAAACUAGUUGGUAACAAUAACUCGAUUUGUUGGAAAAAGGUUAUGUUGGAUCUUCUUAUACCACAAUCUUACAGAAGCUAGGUUAGAUGAAGAAAAAAAAAUAGUUUUGUCCCAUCGAGCACCAUGUACGUAAAUCACGUAGUAAAUCUCAUUUUGUUCCAUUUAACUAACAUGUUUUUUUUUCCGCCAAGUAUGUUUUUGGUCAAAGAAUCAAAGAGAAUCCAUAUAAUAUUGUAACAAACACAAUUAUCCAAAGAGAGAUGGAUUACGGAAAUGAGCAGAUUUUACAGUCUAAACGUAACCUAUCUAAUAUCCACAUCUAAACAAUAUCCCCUAUAACCACGUACGUCGCUGAACCAACCUAUAUAUACCUAUAUAAGCUAUAGCUAGAUAAUUGUUUGAUUAGUAACUAAUUAAAGAUCUUAUUAAGAUGGCUAAACCCUUUAAACCUCUUCCCUUUCUCUUCUUCAUCAUCUUCUCCUUCCUAGUCCCCACUUCACUCCCACUCCCGCUCUCAACAAACAACCGAUGGAUCGUCGACUCUGUGACUCGGGAGCGAGUCAAGCUCGCCUGCGUCAACUGGCCAUCCCACUUGGAAACCAUGCUGGCCGAAGGCCUCCACAUGCAGCCGCUCCCGCGAAUCGUUUCUUCCGUCGUCCGAAACGGCUUCAACUGCGUCCGUUUCACCUUCGCCACCCACAUGUUCACCCGUUUCGCCAACCGCACGGUGGCCCAGUCGUUCGACGGGCUCAACCUGACCGAGGCCAAGGCCGGGAUAGCCCACUACAACCCUUCCCUCCUGGGCCUGACCCUCGUCCAGGCCCAUCAGGCCGUGGUGGACGAGAUGGGUGCCCAGGGGCUCAUGGUGGAUCUCGAUAAUCACGUCAGCAGGCCCAGCUGGUGCUGCUCGGCCCACGACGGGAAUGGGUUCUUCGGCGACAAGUUCUUCGAUCCGCGGGAAUGGUUGGAGGGCUUGAAGAUCGUCGCCAAGCUCUACAGAGAUAAGCCUCAGGUGGUGGCAAUGGGCCUGAGAAACGAGCUCAGAGGCCCACGCCAGAACGCCCGCGAUUGGUACUACUACAUGAAGAAGGCCGCAACGGAGGUCCACAAGGCUAACCCAAACGUGCUUUUAUUCAUUGGAGGGCUGAAGUACGCCAACGACUUGACUUUUCUGAAGCAAAAGCCGUUGGGCUCGACGUUCGGGAACAAGCUGGUUUACGAGGCCCAUUGGUACCCUUGGAGUUGGGAGAAGCAAACCGUUUGGACCGAAAAGCCGCUGAACCAUCUCUGCCCGUGGAAGCUCAAUUACUUCAUUAACCAGACCGCUUUCAUGAACACUCUGGACCGCAACCCGGUUCCGAUUUUUGUUGGGGAAGUCGGGACGGACCAGAGAGGGUUGAACCGGUCGGGUGACUACUUCUGGUCUUGCUUCUUGUCUUGGGCAGCUGGGAUGGAUAUGGAUUGGGGACUUUGGGGUUUGCAAGGGAAUUACUACUUGAGGGACAAGAACAAAACCAACGCUGAGGAGACUUUUGGUGUGUUGGAUUACUAUUGGGGCCGGGUCAAGAACCCUUAUUUGCAGAACCGGUUGGGUUUGAUCAAGAGCAAGGUCCAAGACCCAACAUCAACACAUCGAACGUCCUACUUGAUGUUCCACCCACAAACAGGGAGCUGCAUGCAGGCCGCCGGAGACAGAGAAAUCUACGCCGGAGACUGCAAGGCGAGCAACAUAAGCAGAUGGAUACACGACGGAGAUGGGUCUCCGAUCAGGCUACAGAACCGGAGCCACCUCUGCCUAGAGGCCGCCGGCGAUCUACAGAGAGUUAAAUUCACAACCAACUGCAACAGCCCACAUAGCACUUGGACAAGGAUUUCCAACUCGAAGCUUCUGUUGGCUGCCAAGGACCAAAAUGGGGACUAUUUGUGCUUACACAAGGAAUCUCGUUACACCAACAGCAUUUUCACUAGGAGGUGCAUGUGCCUUGGUGAUCGUGGUGAUGGUGAAGAUGGUUGCCUUGAGAUUGAUUCUGAUGAUCCUGAGAAAGAUCCCACCAGCCAGUGGUUUCAACUCGUCGAAACAAAUGUUUAGUAGGGAUUUUUUUUUGGUUAGACAACAAUCUUGAGUAGGUUUUGUUUGGUCACGGAAAUAUUUAGCAAAGAUUUCCUAAGAAUAGGGGGAUGUGAUAUGGCAUGUGCAAUUAUUUCAGGUUGGAUAGUACUCUGGAUGGUUCAGUUCUUGGCACUUUCUAAUGGAGGGUUGUUGCUUAAUUAAUUGGAGAGAUUCUUCUGGUAGCUUAACCCAAAUUCAUAUCUCUAUUUAUGAGACGUUGGCUAGUCGGUCUUAAAUGACCAACUUGGCUAGUUGUUAAUUGUUAUGGCAGAGGACAGAGAUUAUAUUGGGUUUGUUGGAGUUUGGUUUAGUGAUCAUAUCGGGGUUAUUUUGAUCGCUUCUAGCUUUAUUAUGGUAAUCGAAAAUGCUAAUAAAAAAAUAAUUGUUGCAAAUUAAAACAUGAGGAAGGUGAUUAUGUUCAUACUUAAUGACGACAGUCGAAACCAACUGAAUUUAGUUGUUUUUUUUUUCUAUCCCCCUAUUGUUGCAUGCAUAACACUAGUGUAAAUUAACAUAAAUCCAUCACCCAACAACAUUCUCAUUGAACACUAUUUAAAAGGGCAAACCUUAGUGAUAACCAUCCACUUCUUUGAAAUCGAGAUAAAUAAUUGACACUAACAUGGAGGUAAUAUAAUUGCACGGCCAACCCUGCACUAACGCGUAGGGAUUACAAUAGGGUGUUUGGGAUGGAUUUCACUAAAUCAUUUUCAUUCUUAUUUUUCAGAUAUUGAAACUCAUACUCACCUCAUAUUUACAGUUUUGGGGUACCCAUUUACAUUAAAAAAAAAUACGAGUUUUACGUAUUUUCACAUUGACUAAGUGGGAUAAUCGAGACUCGCGAUUGCAGGUUUGAUUGCAAUCCUGGUAGGAGGGUGUAGGGGCCAACAUUGAAGGCUAACCGAUGCAUCCGAAACUAGAAUAUUGUGAGCUUGAUGAGGGCCUUAAAAUUCCAACAAAAAAGCAGGGCAGAUAGAAAACAAAAGGGACCUCAAAUCUUCUUUCCCAUUUUAAAUGGGGAUCGUCCAGUCCAGGGCUUAUAUAGCUUUUGAUGGUGUACUGUAGGGUGCGAAAUUAGAACAAAAGUGGGAAGUGAAGCAGACAAGCAAUAAAACUGGGGCCAUCUCGUAUCUCUUCUUUACGACCCAGAAAAACAACUACUAAUUAAAGCUCGAGAGUGGCUGUGGGGCUUGAUACCUAGCUAGGAGCUACAAAAUGCCAAGCCAAUUCCAAAGAGGGUAGAAAGAAAUGCCAAAGUUGUUGUUUGAUAUCAGUAUAAUUGAUCUCUAUAAUCACUACUCUCAAUCGCAUUUUCUCGUCAGUGGGUAUAUAGAGUUACGUUGCACAUACGAACAAGAUUGAAGAAAGAAGCAACCAUAUGGCUUUUACUGUGUCCUUUUGUUUUGUAUUAUAUCUUGGGUUGGGUUGGGUGGGACUUUUCCCAAGUUGGGAGUAUAAUAAUAACAUGGGUCACAUGAUUUGUAUGAAAGAGACAAAAUUUCCUAAACCCUAGCUAGCUUUUAAUCGUUGCCUUACCAACCGGGAAAUCUAUAUUGAUGCGACCACUAUGGUCAUGAUGAUGAGCUACCAUUGCCUUUGAUGCGAAUCACUAUUUUCUUCUUGGUUUCAGCAUUUUAGCUCAUCUAAAACUAAAAUCAAUUGUACAGUCGAGACGAUAGGAAAGUAUGUUCAUCUUGUUUUAUGAACAACGUCAUUUAACAAGAUGGUUCUUAGUAAGAGGAAUGUGGCGUUAAAUUUCAUAACAUCCCUGUUCCUCUUUUCCUGCGUAUAACAGGGACUCCGAGGUUUUAAUUAUUAUACAGAUUAUCGAUCUUGCCUUGCGCAGUGGUUGUGGUCGUGGGAAAAGAAGAAGAAGAUGGCCUCACUGCUUGCAUGUGUGCCACGGCUACAGCCUCUCCCACCAAAUAUCAAGUCUUAGCCACGUAGCCUGCAGGGUUGACUCCACCGCUGAGGUCCUCUGACCUUGUGCUCAAAUUAUUUUCUGAGCCAUAUAUAUAAUAGCAACAGUAAUAUAAUACAGUAUGACACCUGGACCCUAGAUCAGGCAAAUAAAUUGUUCCGGUUAGUCUGAAAACGUCCACUGGCGCUUGAGGCAUAGAUGACGAUCACAUGAGCUCUUCUGUUCUUCAACCUGCAUGCACCUCCCGGCCGACGAGUUUCCGACCAAGUUGAAACCCCCGAUUGUUGUCCAUGUCAUCAUUUCUCACACUAAUUUCAAUGAGAUAUUUUUUUGCAGGUAUAUAACUCGAAUAAAUUGAUUUGUCGCCGAUUGGAAGUCACGGGAAUAUCACUGUCAGGUCAGUGAGUCGGAGUUCGGAGGCGAAGAGUCGGGUUAGGGGCUCGGAGGAGCAAGUUGUAAGAACUAUGGGCAUUUAGGGUUUCGAAUGGAGUUAUAGUUUGAGAUUAGUUAGAAGAUAAUUGAGAAUUUAGGGAUCUGAGAUUAGGAGAUAGAAUUGGAGAAAAGGAAGAUAGAUGGUCGACGGCCUAAAUUAAUUCGGACGUAAUAUUCAAAGUAUAUAUAUAUGAGAAAUAAACUAGAAAACUUAAUAAUUAACCUUAAAUUAACCCUAUCUUUGCCCACAAACCCGCCUAACUCCUAAAAAAACUCUAAUGAUAACAUUUCUAACACAAUGUUUCCCCAAUGGGGUUCGGAGGCAACGCCCUUAAUCCAUGGUGUAUAGCCUUGUAGUUGUUUGGGUUUCUGUGUUGAACCUGAUUUGCAAUAUUCUUUAUUGGAUUUAAUGGGGUUAGGUCAUUGAAGAAGUAUUAUAUAUACUUCUCAUAUUUCUCUGUAAUAUGUAAUUUCAUCAAACACAGUGAAGCUUGCUUUCUCCCGUAUGUAGACUAAUUAAUAGGGGUGGGCACGUGGGUGGGUAAUCCGCGGAUUGAUAUCGAUCCACCCGCAAAUAACCCAACCCGCACGCAGUGGAUGAUUGAUGUGGGUGGAUUGCGGAUUGAUAAAUCUCCCACCCGCACUUAUGUGGGUGGGUGGUCGGUGGAUUGACCCGCAUCCGAUUUGUACAUGAAAAAUGUUGUGUCUUAUAGUAUCGAAUAUUCAUCAUAUUUUCGAACUGCACUACAGUCUCACUAUAUACUUCAAAAGGUGGAGAAUAAAGAAUAGUUUUGACU